GCCCACGAUACCUGAAUACCACAGCAGUUUUCUUCUCAGAGGUGCUGAAGCUUCUUUGCAGCUUCGUAUUCCUCAGUCACGAGCAGGGCGACGUGGCGUCGGCAAUGCGAACGGUUGUGAAGACCUUCACCAGGAGUGGCGUUGAGCUUCUGAAGGUCAGCGUGCCCUCGCUUCUGUACACAGUCCAGAACAACCUGCUCUUCAUCAGCCUUUCUAACCUCAGUGGAGCCGUGUACCAGGUCACCUACCAGCUGAAGAUCUUGACGACAGCCGUGUUGAGCGUCAUCAUUCUUGGCAAGUCCUUGGGCCUCGAGAAGUGGA